AUGUUUUCAUUUGAAUGCCUAGAUAUAUACCUCUCGCGCAUCACAUCUAUCUAUCUAUCUAUCUAUCUAUCUAUCUAUCUAUCUAUCUCAUUCUCUUUCUUUCUUUUUAUCUAUCUAUCUAUCUAUCUAUCUAUCUAUCUAUCACUGCCAGCACCUGUGCAAUUCUCUAUGACUCUUCGUUUUUUGUCUAUCUACUUAUUUUCUUUCUUUUUUUUUCUUUCUUUCUGUACGCCUACCUCAUAUUUGUCUAGAGUUAUGCAACCCCUGGCAAAUAUUAUGGCAUCACAGCAGAGUGAGGACGUUGACCGACUUUUAUAUGACACAAAUGAAUAUCUUUCUUUCAUAGUCUUCUUUCUUUCUUUCUUUUAUUUCUUCAUCCCUGCCUUUCGUUUCUUUCGUUUUCUUUCUUUUUUCUUUCUUUUUUUUUUUGUUUCUUUUCUUUUUUUUGUUUCUUUUUUCUUUCUUUCUUUCUUUCUUUCUUUCUUUCUUUCUUUUAUUUUUUCAUCCCUGCCUUUCGUUCCUUUCUUUGUUCCAGUCAGUCUUUUUUUCUUCAUGCUUUUUUCCUUUUCGUUUUUCUUUCAUCCCAGUCUUUUUUUGUUUCUUUUUUUCCUUUUUCUUUCUUUCUUUCUUUCUUUCUUUUGUUCCUUUCUUCAGUCUUUCUUUUUUUUUAUCUUGAUUUCUUUCUUCCUUUCUUUUUGUUUUUUUUUCUUUUUUUUUUUUCUUUUUUUCUUUCUUUCUUUCUUUCUUUCUUUCAAUUGUUACUUACCUAUUUACCUUCCCCGGCUAAACGUUUCAAAUCCUCUUCUCUUUACUGAUGAGUCGGCAUUCUGA